AUGGAUCAUAAGUUUAAAUCUCUAUUUUGGGCUGCAGUUAUUUUGCAUAUCCUAGUUAUUCAAGCUUCAAGCUUUCAUGCAGCCGAAGACUGUGAUAAAUCUGAUACAGAUAACUGUACUUUGGAUUGGCAAAUUUCAGAAAUGCAGCAAUUUUCCGAUCAAAUACGUCUUAAUGGAUACAUUGUCGUCCAUUUCGAAAUACCUCAUGAUAUUUCCUGGAAUGAUAAUGUGACAUAUUAUUGGGCAAAAUCAGGCUUUGCUAAUCUCGUACCUUCUGUAACAUCAGCAGAAGCGGUUAUUAUGUCUGGUGGCUUAUUACUAUUAUUCCAUGGUACAUUCCAUAUUAACAUCAGCAUUCCUUCUCAUAGCUGCUGCCAUACUCUCCCAGAUAAUUGCAAAGGCCAAGCUAUAACUAGAUCCUUGCUCAAGCUUGCUGAUAUGCACGAUAAGGAAUCUUAUGUAUGCUCUUGCCCAGUUUCACGAAGAGGUCAUCAAGCUAUUACUGGAAAUUGCCGAUGCUGCAAAGCUUCCACCGACAGCGACCAAUUGAUGUGUACAUUGAUUCCACGGAUAGGACAACAUUCGACAACCAAGGCUUAUACUUGGCUGACCUUUAUCUUAAGUUUUGCAUCAGCUUUCCAUUUGAUUCGAAAGUUGAUUCUGGAAAUUCACGAUGAUUUAGACUUUCGAAUAGAUCCCAAGUCAAAAGUGAAAAAAUCUUCGUUAAUCUUACUGACUAUUCGUCAAGCAACAAAAAUCUUUAUUCAGGAAAUUAAGAACAACAUUAAACAAUUACUUGAAAGCCAUCCAGGAAUAAUCUAUCUUAUACCUUUUAUAAUUGUCAUGUUUUCCUUUCCUGCGGCUUUAUUGCAAUAUCUCUGCUAUGAUCUUUCUAUUCAAGAGUUUGACAAGGACUUUCGAGAAAAUUACAUUACAUUCAUUAUCAUUACUGUUGCCUUUGUAGCCGGCUACUAUGUGCUCAUGAUGUUAUUGGUAGGACGUAUAAAAUAUAAAACAUUAAGUUUCCUUAUGGCCUCAUUUAAUUCAGUCUUUUCUUCAAAAAGAAAUCUUAAUGUUAAGAAAUAUAUCGAAGCAAAAGAGCAUAUGCUUUGGAAAUUUAUAUCUGGACAAUUACAGUUAAGCCAGAAAAUGCUAGAUCUCUUAGCUUGGAUACCAAGAUUAAUACUAGUGCCAUUAGCGCAUCUCCUAGCCAAUUUUACUCCUUUUACUUAUAUUCUAUCAUUAAGGCAAAAGUUUUCUGAAGUUAUUACUUCCACUUAUAAGAAUGAUGUCCUGAAGCAAGCUGUUUCCAAAGCUGGACACCGUUUUAUUAUCUUUCUAUUUAUAAAUUUAAUUUUCUUGGCUCCAUUUCUACAAUUUGCAGUACGUUUUUCGUUGACUGUUGGAACAAUCUUAGCGUCGCAAGGAAGUUAUUUCUUGUCCCUAUUAGCACCUUUUAUACCAUUUUUGUUAAUUCUACGUAAAGAAGCGAAGAAAGCGUAUAAAGCAUCUGUGUUGAAGUAUAAUCUAAUCAAAAAAUGUUAUCAACACCUUCAGGAGCUACUCAAGAAAGACAACUUCUAUAGAUGCUUAACUUUACAGUUUAAACAAGCGAAAUCACUUAAGCAAAAAGAUCUUGAUAAAUUUAUCGAGAUAGAGCAAUCAGAGAUAGACAACACAAUAAAACCUUACUUAGAAAAGCUUUAUAGCGAAAAUAGAGAGAAGCCAGAAAAUUUAGAUAACAGCGACCUAGUUCAGAUUUCCAAGCUCUGUAUUUAUCCAUUCCUUUACAUCGAUGAUCAAAAAAUAGAGCAAAAGAAUAAGACAGAAUCAGAUUGUAAAUAUGGUUUACAUUUUAUUGCUGUAAUCAGCGGAGAAGAGGCGACUGCUAACAGUAAUGACAAAAUUAUCAAACUUGAUUCAAUCUUUGAUCGUAUGGAGACUUCCACACAAGAAAUUAUCACCCAUUCGUUAUUAACGAAAGUCUUUGCAGGGUAUGGCGGAGGUAUUAUGGCUAUCACAAAGGACAGCUAUCAUGACAUCGAAAAACUUUUUGGUGGAGAGUAUCAUCACCUAUUGCAGUUUAUUAUACAGCAUUUACAUAUGAUUGCUAUUUCCCUCAUUCAUCUAUUAGGCCUGUACUUGUAUCAUAAGGAAGCUGGCCAAAAUCCUAGUCUAAGCUCAACUCUGUCUGUUUUACUAACUUCUCAUACAUUUAUGCAAGGUGCUAAAGCAUCGAUUCAAGACGGUAAAACCUUGCUACAUUCAGAUGACAUGUGCCAACAAAUUGAACACGAAAUCAUAAAAUAUAUCUUUCACUUAGCUGAGAAAGUGGAGUCUUUAUCUAGUAAGAAAGCAUUAGAAACUACCACCCCAACAAGCCGGAACAAACAAUGUCAUGACGAUCAAGCCGCAAAUAAUGCUUAG